UGCUUGAAAACUGUCAGUGCGCUAAAACAUUUAACAAAAGAGAAAAAAAAACUGAAAACGUUUUCCGUAAAUUUCAGUCAAUUUUUUCGCCAAAUCAUCAUUUUCCCUCAAUAAAUCACCAAUUAUUUCACCACAUUAUGAACGCCGCUUGUAGCAAGGCGUCCAACUCCAGCAGUUCGGAUGGCGAACAUUCGACAGACGACAUCUGGGACGAUACGCUCAUCAUUCGGAACUACGAUGAAUCUCUGGCCAUGGUCCGGGAGGAAGUGGCCAAGCGUCUGGCGAUGAAGACCAACAAAAAGAUGCUGACCAACAAACCGGCGGAAUUGGAUCAGCAACAACCCCAGGCGUCCACAUCUACCCAACAGAUCAAAUUGAAGACGGAGGAGGGCGAAUCAUCCGGGGUGGAAAACUCCUCGGCAGAGAAAGGAGCUUGUGAAUCGGGAAGCAAGCGGUCGUAUAACGUGGGAGAUUAUUGCCGGGCCACGUAUGACGAUGGAGUGGAUUAUGAGGCCAAAAUCUUGGCAGUCGACAAAUCGGGAGAUGCUCUGAUCCGCUAUGUUGGAUAUAACAACGAACAGACGGUGGCCAUCGAGGAUUUGGUUCCCUCGUGGGGACGAAAAGCGCGCCGCAAGCAACGAGAGGAUGCCGCCGAACUGGCAGCCGAAGAGGACACAAAUCGCAUGGAGAUGAGCGAUGACGAGGUGAAACUAACGGACAAAGCCAGCAAGAUCCGGAUCAACAUCGAUCCCAACUUCCGGAUGCCCAAAGCGGGUGGCGGUCCAUCGCGGGUAGCUUCCAAAGGAUUCCACGCCGGCAUGGGAGCGUCCUUCAUGGUUCCACCGCCACCACCGAUGCCUCCGAUGCUGGAAGACGACGACGAUUUGGAGUCGGAGAAUUUGUCCGCCAUGCUCAUGUCCUGGUACAUGAGCGGAUACUACACGGGACUGUACCACGGCCAGAAGAUGUCUCAGAAGCGAGCCCGACCGUCCUAGACUGGGUAUUUGGCGGUUGUUACUUAGCACUUAAGUUUUCCUUUCCGAAUCAUAUGACAGAUUUUGAGUUGAACUGAACUGAAUUUUCUUUUUUUCUUUAUUUUAAUAUAAAAUGUCCGUUUCGAAAAUAAAGUCAUUCUUUACAUUCGGUAAAUGAA